CAGCCACUCAGAAACAAGGAAGGGGAGCGAUAAGAUUUACAUUUGUGAAAUUCUUGCAGUCCUAUAAAUUUAUACAUUCCUUAGUUAACUUUGCAUAAUCCUUUCACCAGUGGAACUAACAAGAAACAGGAAUUUUAUAAUUCAUUUAAAAAAGAGCAAACAAAAUCAUGAAAAGUGUAAACAGUUUUGACCAAAUAGUGACAAUUCUUGCAGCAACGGCACUAAUAUGUUUGAAAACAGCAAAAGGUUAUGCCAUUGGAUAUCAAUUUGAACUAUGUAGUUAUUUAGAUGGUACAUGUAAUCCACAGUGUGAAUAUAAGUUUGUACAUUCAUGGGGUAUAUCACUGUGUUCUUCACCUAUUGACAGCUGCUGUGCGCCACCAGCAUAUGUUGAAAAAAUGAGAGCGAUGCAGACGACAACGACACUAGCGCCAACUACAACUCCUCAAAUAGAGCUUCCGAACGCUCUAAUCAGCAGAGAUCCUGAAUGUGGCGUGCCUGCAAUUCCACAUCGAUCGAAACGUAUCAUCGGAGGAACAAAUGCACCACGUGGCGCCUGGCCAUGGCAGGUGGCGCUGCGGUUCAUGACAGGAGUUUAUAUGUGUGGUGGAGCUUUAAUCAGUGACAGAUGGGUAGUUACUGCAGCUCAUUGUUUAAAGGGAUGGUACAACCAGCCUUCAAGAUGGCGUGUUUCUGUAGGUCUGCAUUAUCUGUAUGACGGAGAAUCCGGAACUGAUAUUCCUAUCAACAGAAUUAUACGGCAUCCCAACUACAGAGUUGACCAGAGAGAAACUGUCGAGGAGAAUGAGACUGUACCAAUUCACAAACAGUACGCCCACGAUAUUGCAUUAAUAGAGCUAGCACGCCCUGUAGAUCUAUCUACUGAUUAUAUCAAGACGAUUUGUCUCCCCUUGAAGGGGGAUCCACAGUUUCCUAACAACAACUUAAAGAGAAACGACAACGAUGCUAAUCUGAACCAGGAACCAUCAAUAGAUGAAUACAUUAACCAUCUCAAUAUACCUGACAUUUCUCCAAACUUAGACAUGGUCAACCAUAUCCGAUUUAGAAGGGAUGUCCCUGAUUUAAUGAGGCAAAUUAGGAUUAAGAGAGAACAAAGUAACAGUGUGGAAUUGUUUGAUGUUGAAAAUUCUGACCAGUGUUGGGUGACAGGGUGGGGAGAUACAAAUGAAGACGAUACUGAUGCAUCCUUGCGGCAAGUUCAUGGUCACGUGAUUAGCAACACAAGAUGUAGUGAGUACUGGAAAACUAACAUGGAUUCUGACAUGAUCUGCUUUGGUGAUGGCACGUAUGGACCUUGCUCAGGUGACUCUGGAAGCCCGAUGUCCUGUAAACGCAAUGGUAGAUACUAUUUGACGGGAAUUGUAUCUUGGGGAACAGAAGGGUGUGAUAAACAAGGGUAUCCGAGUGUCUUCACUCGUGUGACGUCAUACGUUGACUGGAUAAAGCAGCAAACAGGCGCCCGUUAAUUAUCUUAGAUGGUCUGUGAAUUAUUAAUUGGAUUUCAAAGUCUCUCAGGGAAUGGCGAUACUUAACAAGAAUGUGAUUGGCACGACAGCUUUACAACUAGCGAUACUGUUACUCUUAUUUAUUUAUCUAUUUUUGACAACUUUAAAUCUGAUACUAGAAUGUUAUAAAAAAGUAAAUUAUUUUAAUUUUUUGUAAUAAAUUUAAGACACAAAGGUCAAACAUAUAUUACUUGUUCUAUUACUAUCUAUAAAUUACAAAUGUGGAAGUGUGAAAAUUUGAGAGAACUAAUUAAUAUAUUAGUGUUCGGUUACUGUGACAACACACGGCAAAAAGCUGUAAGUGGCAAAUAAAAAAAGGUGAUUAAUAUUUUGUAGUUAUCAUUAAAUGAUUUAUAUUGAACAGAAACGUAUAGUUUUAUCAUAUUUCAAAUCAUUCCCAAUUUAUUGAAAUAAAAUACCUGUUACUGAUUUAAUUCCAAA